UUAGCACGUCAGUCGGGGAGAAGAUAUAUUUUUGUGCCUUGAAGCAUAAAUCUCUAUUAAAUAAUUAGUUACGACGCUGUAAAAUAACUAGGGACGCUUUUCGGACUCGGGAGACUUAAAAGUGCGUGCUGUUGUAGACUAUUCUAAAAGCGUUUGUGUAAUACUUCGUGGAACUGAACAUCUCGAAGUCAACUCGAACUUGUGUGUUAAACGGUCGGUAGAACUGUUUAAUUUGGUUUGAAGGACUAAUAAUUAGAUGUUAGUGUCGUCUACGUCUACCGCGUAAUUAUUCCCGUGUAAUAAUUCGUGAUAUAUCAGUCCUUUUAUUUCUUCGAGUGACCUUUGGUGCGUUGCUUAAUUUAGUUUUGCAAUGCCGGGAUUCGUUUCCGACGAGUAAUAUGAUUUGAAAACGAUUAUUUUGAUGAACAUAGUCCAAGGCGACCCAUACAUCGACGGACAAUGAACCUUAUCCCUAACAUCCUGUGAUCAUUUUCUUCCCAAUCAUUCCAUUUUAUUAAAUAAUGUAAGCACGCUAUACCAUUCCAAAUAAAAAGGCAAAUAUAUUUACAUAGAAACUUCUUAUGAUAAUUGCAAUAGUAACUUUAAGUAAAUAAAUAUAUUUUCUAUAUUUUAUAGAAUUUUCCUGAAGUGCCAGUGACAUAUAUAUACGCUAUAAUUUUUUCGUGUAUUAUAAUUAAAAAUCUUAAGCUAUAUUCUAGUCCAAUUGUAUGUAAAAUAUAGUAAUUAUUUAUAUAUUAUUACUACAUUAUUUCAUUCUCAUCACUUUUUCAUAAUAACCUAAAUACCAUAACCCCUAUUCUUACUAUAAAAUCUAAUUGUCACUAAUAUUCCCAAUACACAACCUAAAUAACACGAUCCCUAUUCCUACUAUACAUCUUAAUUGCCACGGUCCAAUAUCCCUAAUACACAACCCUAUUCCUAACGUACAACCUAAUUACCAAGCCCGCUAUUCUUACAUCCUAACUGCAACGAUUCAAUAUUCCUAAUACACAACCCUAUAUUCAUCGUACAACCUACCACGACCCAACCUAAUCCCCGCUCUCCCUAAUCACCCUCACCCCUGUGUCCGUGAUGCGCUGACGCCAUGAGCUCCUCCCCAGCCCUCGAGCCCUCCCCCCCGCCCGCCGCCACCCCGCCGUCGCCCGCGCCGCGUCCUCCGGACCACCCGCCGCCGUUCCACACUUCUACGCCACAUUAUAUUUCUAAGAAGCCGACUAAUCCGUCGCUGAACGUUAUACUACCAGCGUCAGCGCCUACCACACCGCCCACAUACGGCGAGCCGACGCUAACCCCUCCCCCGCGUUCGCCCGGCGCCGCGGCCACCCCCGCGACCCCCGCGUCCGGCGACCGCCAUCACCCGCCUGACGGGACCUCAUCCGACAAGUCAUCAGAAACAGCGGUUGGCGGCAUAUCGCGUACGCCUAGCACCGCUCUAUCCCGCAAAGAGAGUUACAAGGCCCAGCGACAACAUUAUAGGAGGGAGAAAAAACGGGCGGCCACUGCGCUAUUGCACUCUAUAGAGGACCCGUCAGUCGUCGUUCUUGCUGAUUGGUUGAAGGUCCGCGGGUCCCUGAAAUCAUGGACGAAGCUGUGGUGUGUGCUGAAGCCUGGUCUUUUGUUGCUCUACAAGAGUUCUAAGGCAAAGAGCAGCCACUGGGUGGGGACGGUCCUGCUGACCUCCUGCCAGGUGAUCGAGCGGCCGAGCAAGAAGGACGGGUUCUGCUUCAAGCUGUACCACCCACUCGAGCAGAGCAUCUGGGCGCCGAGAGGGCCGCACAACGAGACUAUAGGAGCGGUGGUGCAGCCCCUCCCGACGGCGCACCUGAUAUUCCGCGCGCCGUCGCAGGCGGCCGGGCACUGCUGGCUCGACGGACUUGAACUUGCCCUACGCUGCAGCAAUGCUAUGCUCAGAUGUUCCCGUUCCCGGCCGGAACAGACGGUCCCCGACGCUCCGACCACAGACACCAAUAUAUCACAUGAAGAGCUCGAGAAACACUUCAACGAGCACGAGCUAGCCGGGGCGGCGUCCGACACUGAUAGCGAGGCGUCCCGGACCAUGCCCGAGCCGGAGACGCGGCGCGGCGCGGCGCAGCGCGGCGCAGUGGAUCGCAUCGAGGCGCUGUACGUGGAGGAUCCUGACCGGGAGACGGGCGCGGCGGGCGAGUUGGUAGAAGAAGUUGCAGAAGAGAACAAGUCCCUCCUCUGGUUCUUGCUGAAACAAGUUCGGCCAGGAAUGGACCUGAGCAAAGUCGUACUACCCACCUUCAUUCUCGAGCCGAGAUCAUUCCUGGACAAGCUGUCUGACAACUAUUACCAUGCGGAUAUAUUGGCACAAGCACAACACAUAGAGGACCCGUACGCCCGUUUCAAACUAGUCCUUCGCUGGUACCUGUCAGGACUGUACCGCAAGCCCAAAGGGCUGAAGAAACCCUACAACCCCGUGCUGGGCGAGACCUUCCGCUGCUGCUGGAAGCAUCCAGACAGCAGGACCAAUACCUACUACGUCGCUGAACAGGUGUCUCAUCACCCGCCCGUGUCAGCGUUCUACGUGUCAAACAGGAAAGAAGGAUUCGUCAUAGAAGGGAGUUUAUUAGCAAGAUCCAAAUUUUACGGUAACUCGACGUCGGCCAUAUUGGAGGGCUGCGCGCGAGUUCACCUCCUCACGUGGGGCGAGAGCUACGUGACGACCGCUCCUUAUGCGCACUGCAAGGGCAUCGUCAUAGGCACACUCAGCAUGGAGCUAGGAGGAAGGUAACUCAUCACUCAUGUGCAUGUAAUGUGUGAGAGCACCGGAUAUAGUGCGGACAUCGAAUUUAAAUUAAGGUCAUUCCUAGGCGGUUCGGAGCAGACGAACCUAAUAUCGGGUCGCAUCAAAAGGGGCAAAGACACGAUCGCAACGGUCGAAGGUUACUGGGACGGCCGGAUCGACAUUCGGGACAAGAGGACCGGGGAAGAAGUGACCCUUCUCGACGUGGCCAUACUAAAAGAACAGCGUCUGACCCGCUACCUCAUGAAGCUGGAGAACCAGCAGGAAUUCGAAUCGCAGCGGCUGUGGCUACGGGUCUCUGAGGCCAUACACAAUGAGGACCAGGUGGCCGCAACAGAACAGAAGACAAUAAUAGAAGAGGCGCAACGAGCUCGAACGCGAGCCACCAUCGCGCCGUGGGUUCCGCGCCUGUUCCACAAGCAGCUCCACGUGGCCUGCCCCGACGGCAUCCAGGACCAAGGCUGGCGGUACAAGCACUCCAACACCAGCCCGUGGCAACCGUCCGAGAUAUUCGAAUACGAAGAGGAUUUCGUAAUAACGUCGACGGUAGGCAGCGCGGGCGCGCUCCGACCCGAGCGACUUGAGCGACACUCGCUCGACAGACACGAGCGACGCGAGCGCUCAGACUCCGACUCCAGACAGGAGCAAGCCACGAGAUCCAAACACUCACGGACGCUAAAGCAGACGCUCAACUCCCUCGACACGACGCUGCGCGAGCAGGGCGUGACGCUGGAGCGCCUCACGCGCGCCGUGGAGCAGCUCGACCGCCGCGCCCCCGCCACCGCGCGCCUCCCCACCACCGGCUACAGCUGGGACCUGUUCUCCGGCUUCGUCAUAGCCAUGGUGCUCCAGGCGGUACUCAACUGGAUGUUCUAUACCAAAGACUGACCGCUUUGAGUUCUCUGUGGGCACAGAUGUCAACUCGAUCUUUGCCUCAAAGCUUUCACUUGGGCACAGAUGUCAGCUCGAUCUUUGCCUCAAAGCUUUCACUUGUCUGUGGGCACAGAUGUCAGCUCGAUCUUAGCCUCAAAGCGUUCACUUGUCUGUGGGCACAGAUGUCAGUGAGGUUGAGAUGUAGCUUUGUGAGUUGGUCAUUGAAUCUUUUAUCUCGUUCAGAAACUUAUGAUGAUACUUUUGAAGUUAUAUGUAACAAGGGACUCGUAAAUAUAAAAAUAAAUUCGUUAUUUAUAAUUAUGAAUUAUUUGAUGAUCAAUGGGCUAUUUUACCAUUAACACUGGCUAGGCUAGUUUCCUACUAGUCAAAUCAGCUUCUUUUAAGAACUGUCAAAACGAUUUUC